UGUGGUAUGUGUGGCUAACGCAGAACAUAUUUCAGUAAUGCAUGUUAAUUUUAUUUUGAACAAGCUAGUUUUUCAUGGUGUUGUUCUGUGAAUUUUAUAUUUCGAAGGUCAGUUUUCAACAUUUUACAUUUAUUAGCAGAAGCUACUUUGUGUUUGGUUGCAUUAAGGCUAAAAUGCUGUUUCCAGCAUGCCUACGAUGUUCAGUUAUUUUAAUUUUUUUAAAUUUAAUUUAUACAAAAUUUAUGGUUAAUUAUCUGGGAUCAGUUCAUUAACGUAAAAAUCAACAAAAACGUUCACAUUCCCCAUAUAUCUGACAGAAAAGAGUUCCUAAAAAUAAAAUAAAACACGGCAACACCAACCCCCUGCAGCCCGCAUACCGCUACAUGCUGACUCUGAUGUCAUUCUUAGAUUUGCCCGUGCGCAACGCUUGUUAUCGAACGCGCUUCGCAAAGAAUUAUCAAAACAAAAAGUUUCUCAGAAGCGUGCGUGUGUCCUUGUGCCCGUAAAAGUGCCAAAAAUAAAUGGAUUGCAGUGCUUAAGUGUGUAUUAGCUGUGUUAAUAAACGUUUUUGAUUUUUUUCAUUCACUUAAAAACUACUUGAUUUGAUCGAGACGAGAAUGUUCGACUCAUUCUGAAUCAGCACGGAAAACCGGGAAAUUAUGGUAAGCGCCGACCUAACGACCGCCAGCCCAACGACAAUGUCGGAAACAGAACGUAAGUCAUUGACAAAACGUAUCAUAUCUUCGCUGUCCUUCUUUAAAGACAAGAAAAAAGAUAAAUGCAAGAACGAGAAAGAGAAGCAGACUGAAAAUAAAAAUGUGCAAGCACAGAACGAAGACAAACCGAAUCCCGUUGAGAAGAUACUGGAGAACCUGCAGAAGCUAGAGAUUGCGAAAGAGAACACGCGAAAAGAAGAAGAAGACGAUGAAUCGGAGUUCUUCUGUUUCAAAUCAAUAGAAGAAGACAGGAGAAGCGAAAGGGUCGACUCGCAUUCCUCUGAAGACAGCGGUUUCGUUGACACAAAAGAGGUCGUUGAAGGUUUAAAAUGUUUGAAGAUCGAGAAAGACGAAGUUAAAAGUGGAGAAAAGAAGAAACAGAUUGUGGUCCUCGCUAGGAAACCGCCGAAAGAGAAAGUAUAUUGCCGCGUGGCGAAGCCUUAUGAUGCCGAAGACUUUUACAGACAGAUAAAGCAGAUAAACAGGAAGACCCUAACCGGCGGACAGGUUUUAGUCAAUUCGAUUCAGACCGACAACUAUUCUGAAGUAGAUCGAGCCUUGAACAGCGUCAAGGAAAUCGCUCAGACCUCGCAACAAGAACAGGGCUACUGGGAAGACGUUCAGGACAUGAUCGACGGCGACUACCACAGCAAAGAAUCGGAUAUACUGUCAGAAUUCUUCCCCGCGAACCAGCAGUUUUACGAACCUAUCGCCAUAGUCCCGACUUCGACGCCAGAAGCGAAUCCAAUCGAAGAGUUCUCGUGCGCUAAUCACCUGAACUACGAAGACAGCGUCGACGUAACGUCGAUCCUGAAUCUGGACCACAUGAAGGACCUGAGUCCCGCAUCGAAUAUAUUCCCGACGCCGCCAAGGUCGGAGAACGUGCCUAGCCCGAUAUCUGAGUCGCAAACUUCUUACUACCCGUCGAAUUCAGAUUACACGCUCUCUCCGGAACUAUCGCCGGUUUACUGCAGCGAUUACGAGAAGUACCAGGACCUGACGAGCUACGAGGAAUGUCCCAACGAGACGGACAAGACCAGGGAGAGAUCAACAUCGAUUUGCUCGAUGAAGAUGAAGCAGUUCAAGGACCUGCAAAAGGAAAUAGCGGCGGGUUUCUCCAAGAUGGAAUGCUGUGAGAUCAUGAGGAAGUCCUGCAAGGAAAUUCUGCAGGAGCAUCUGUUGAAAUUGAACGCCGAGCUGAGGAGGAAAAUUUGCGUCGAAGUCACUCAGAUGAAUUUGAAAACCUGUUAUGGUGUGAUGCAUCAUAUCUUGCUGAGCUUAUCGAAGAGCGGAGACGACGAGGAUCUCCAGUAUUCCCUCUUCGGUCUCAUAUGCGAGAGGGUACUGGCACAGAAGCCUGCGUUGUUCGCUGACGACUUUGGUCUUAGCUUACUGAAGUCAGCUGUUCUCCGCUGUUCUCACCGUCCGUUCCUGACUCGCUGCGUUGUUCAGGCAAUACGAACAAGCUUGAAGUCGAACCCUGAACUGUAUGCUGGAAAGGACUGCAUAUUCACGGAGGUGGACGCACAAGGCGACACUCUGGUCACGGCUUGCGCCCGCGCCGGCGACGCCUACGCUCUGGUGCUCAGCGAGAUAACGAGAAACGAAUAUCGCGAACAGCCGCCGCUAUUCAACGUCAAUCACGUUAAUUGCGAUGGUCAAGCUGCUCUCCAUCUCAGCUGUUCCCUGCACAGCAAACAGUCUCCCCGCAUACACGUCACCCACGUGCUCCUAGAACAUUCCGGAGCUGAUCUGCAGCAAGGCGACUCCAAAGGCGGCGAUACACCGAUACAUCUAGCAGUCAACUCGAUCAACUGCGACCUCCAUCUGGUGCUGUUACUAUUCAAAACCGUGGACAGGAAGUCGUGGAAGAACCUCGCGUAUCUGCGCAAUAGGAGCUUCGUCUCGCCUUUCGAUUAUGCACGUUCGGCCGCCAAAUCGACAACAAGACAGAACUAUCCACCCGAGAUACUGGACUUCUUCAAGAAAUGCCGUUGAGGAAGCUGACGUCACGAGGAAAAAUCGCAAUUAAAAAAUUCGUUGUGCCUUGUAGGAAUUUGAGACUAAAAAGUUGUUAACAGCGCCAUCUAUCGGCCAGGAAAGGAACCGAAAUGCGUUUCGGUACCAGCGACAUCUCUCGACGUAGCUGGUCAAUUAUAAUCGUUAAUUCGCAUCAACUUUUGUGCGUACAAAGCGAAAUUAGCUUUGUCAAUUCCAUCAAAAUUGGAAAAAGUUCCAAUUCCAAGUUUUAAAGAAAACAUAUUUUAAGUCAAUCAAGUUUUAUUUUUUGAUACUUAUAGAAUAUCACAAGUUUCUGUAUGUUAAGGAAUAACUGUAAGCAUUUUUUUUUACAUUCAAAAACCGCUUUGAAUCGGUUAAAAUAUCUGUAAUUAUAUUAAACAAUUGUCUUUGAAUAACAGAGCAUAAGAAAUGAAAGUGAAAAUCGAUGAUCAAAAUUCUAAAAAUACAAUAUCACUGUCAAUAACAUGUGACAUUGACGCUGUUAGAAAAUCUGUUAAUGUUAUUAACAAUGUCAGAAUAACGCAAUGAACGUAAAUUAACCUUGUUUCACACUUUGUCAUUUUUACAAUAAUUUUUGAGCAUAUCAUAAUUUAGUAAGUAUUUUAUAUUAAACAUUUUUAUAUAUUUUUAAGGCGAGGUCUUAUAUAUACCACCGUGAUCCAUCAUGGAGAUUCGCUUGAGACUUCUCUUGAGACCUCAAGAGCUCUCGAUGAGGUCUCUUAAGCAGCGAAUAUAACCUGGCUAUUGGAGAACUGUAUUUCAAUUUGCAAUAUAAUUUGAAAAGUGUGAAUUGAAACAAAAAAAAAAACCUAAAUUCCCCAGUAAAUUUAUACAGGCUCUCUAAGAUUAAUUCGCACCCGUAAAUAUUAAUAUAUUGACAAUUGUCAAUACAUAACGCAGACCUACAACCCGACACUGUCAAUAAAGACAAUCUAACUGCUCAUUAUAAUGGAUUUUUUAAUUCAUCAAUAUUUUUUGUGAUUAAUCAAUGAUAUAUCUUUUUAAAUCGCCCAAUAAAAUCUAAUAAUAAUUGAAGACAUUAGUGGAUGAGGGGUUAAGUACAGUUUUUAAGAUUUUUGAGUUUUUACGUUGAAUGAAAGCGUAUGUUAGAGCAUAUUAGACCUUAAAACUUCGGCUCUAAAGGCUAUUUUUAGAAAUCGCAUGUGACGAAAGAUAAAGUGCAAAGUGCACCUUUUUACUGGUGGUAGGACCUCUUUUGAGUCCGCGCGGGUAGGUACCACCGCCCUGCCUAUUUCUGCCGUGAAGCAGUAAUGAGUUUCGGUUUGAAGGGUGGGGCAGCCGUUGUAACUAUACUGAGACCUUAGAAUUUAUAUCUUAAGAUGGGUGGCGCAUUUACGUUGUAGAUGUCUAUUGGCUCCAGUAACCACUUAACACCAGGUGGGCUGUGAAAUCGUCCACCCAUCUAGGCAAUAAAAAUAAAUAAAUAAAAGUAACAAAACUUUGUUGCCGGUUUUCUCAAAAAUUUACAAAUUGCAUCAUACCCCUUCAUCCACUCAUGUCCUCAGAGAUCAUGUUGCGACGUAUAUGACGUCAUACGUGGCUAAUCUGUUGUUACAAACGAAAAUCUUACGGUAGAUAUAUGAAUAGUAAACUUUAGCUUUUAAAUUCGUGUAUAUCUACUAAUAUUUUACGUUAUGACCAGUAUUUGGUCCGAGAUCUUAGUUCUUAAAAACAAUUUGAAGCUGUCAAAAAAGUUUUUUUUUUUAAAUAUAGAAUUGUGAAAUGGGUCUGUAUGUGCGAAAAUUCACGUCGUGAAAUGUGUAGUGGUAAAGUUGUUACUCUUGAAUUCUUCAAUCGGUGAGAUCUCUGUGAGAUUUAAUAUUAACUUUUUUAGUACUGAGCUUAUUUUCACAUAUUUUCCAGAAAUUGAUAAAGGGUUUUUUUUAAAUCUACCUUUAACAAAAAUUACAAAAAUCAAUGCUAAAUUCACAGUAAUUACAAUUUUAAAUGGUUAUUUGUAAGUGUUAUUGACUUAUUAAAAACGUCCGAACAUCCGAACAGGACUAUACGUAAUACCUAUAAUCGAAGUGCGCAAUAGUCGGUAUUCCGACGCUCCGUACUCUAUACGCAUUAAAACAGAGUCGAUCUAUCGACGGUUCUCGCUUAAAGAAGUCGAGUUCAAUUAAAAAAUAUCUAUGUACCUACCGAAAUCAUUUUUUUUAAUAAAUUUGACUGGCUUAGAAACAAAGUCCUUUAAGCCAGAUCAUUAUUUCUGUUUCUUCAUCACUUCAUUUCACAAUAUUUAUAUUGAAAUCACUAUGUUUUUAAUGAAUUUAUAAUAGCGGUAUGAAGUACUUUGGGUUCUUUAAUAGUUCGUCCAAGAAGCGGGAGACAUUAUUAGACCUACCGAAAUCAUAAACAUCCGGUGUACAGAUAAUACCUCAGUUUGAUUUGACAUCUGUCAAACUUCGCGCCAUUUUUUUUAAUGGAACGUCAAAAAUAAAAAAUUAAGUUACCUGAAUUUCUUGUCAAGGCGGUUGUGUGUUAAUUCGGAAUUUCUCAAUGUAUAUAAAAUAAAAUGUGCAGAAAAAACUAUUUUUGUAAUUAAUUACGAUCAAAUAAAGUUUAUUUUUUUUUCUUUU